CUCCAACCAAUCACCAUAAGGGUUCAUGUGAAACUACAUCUCCCAGUGAACCUUGAGCGGUCAGUACGAAAGCAAGCUUGAGAGAGGCGGAGUCUAGGUUUUGCUGGGCUGAUACUGAGUGUGCGGGGUGACUGUACGACUAUAUCAGGGCAAACAUGGCUAUCCUCUUCGCUGUCGUUGCCAGAGGUACAACUAUUCUUGCAAAACAUGCUUAUUGUGGUGGUAAUUUUUUGGAGGUGACUGAGCAGAUUCUCGCCAAGAUUCCUUCAGAAAACAACAAGCUUACAUAUUCCCAUGGGAGUUACUUGUUCCAUUAUGUAUGCCAAGACAGAAUCAUAUAUCUCUGCAUUACUGAUGAUGAUUUUGAGAGGUCCAGAGCCUUUAAUUUCUUGAAUGAAAUAAAAAAAAGGUUUCAGACAACAUAUGGGUCAAGGGCACAGACAGCACUUCCCUACGCAAUGAACAGUGAAUUUUCCAGCGUUCUUUCAGCACAGAUGAAACACCACUCAGAAAAUAAGACUGUUGACCGUAUAGAGGCGACUCAUGCACAGGUGGAUGAAUUAAAAGGAAUUAUGGUUCGGAAUAUAGAUCUUGUUGCACAAAGAGGAGAACGGUUAGAGCUCUUGAUAGAUAAGACAGAGAACCUUGUUGACUCUUCAGUGACCUUUAAAACCACAAGCAGAAACCUGGCCCGAGCUAUGUGUAUGAAGAAUUUGAAGCUGACCAUUAUCAUUGUUAUCGUAACAAUAGUUAUUAUCUACAUCAUUGUAUCUGCAGCAUGUGGAGGACUGUCAUGGCCGAGUUGUGUGAAUAAGUAAUUUCUGGACUCCUAAUGCAUGAGUGAGUUCUUGAGGAACGAGAAAGCAAAAUCCUACCAGUUCCCAUGUGUAGCCUCCUACAGAAAAGAGAUGACUGAUCAGCCUUUUCCUUCAAUCACCUCGGUGUGUCGUUCUUCUUAAUUUGUCCUCGCUUCCAUCCACACCGGGAUUAACGCAUUAUCGCUUUGCCUUAUAACACAGAAGACUCACCUGGAGAGCCGGCAGCCUCAUGUUGUUCAACCAAGAAAGAAAGUAAAGUCUCUUGUAUUUGGCACUAGACACAGAUAUCCCAUACUCAAUCUAUUGCUUAAAACUUGUUUUUGUACAGUCCAGUUGUUUCCUAUUACAGAUGUAUAUUUGAGGUGCCUCCUAUAAAACUUUGCUUAAUUUUGUACUAUAGCUUGUUUUUAAUUAUCAGUUUACAUUUCUUCUGAUUUUUUCUUUUUUUUUUUUUUUGUUUAAGUUUGUACAUCCCUGUUCUUAACGGUCACUAACAAUGUAGUUAUUUAUUCUUUACUUGCCACCCUGCCAAACCAAGUUAAAAAACAAUUGGUGGAUGUUCCCCCACAAAACUGGUGAUUUUCAAAGAACAGCAUUUGUAUAUACCGAUUAAUACUGUGAAUAUCUGCCCAAGCAGUGCUAUUUCCAUUAUAGACUGUGUUUGUGGGUCAUUAGAAGGUAAUAAAGUCUUCAUUUAAAUGAAAAGUUUCAUCAGUCCCUAGUUAUGCUGUAGCAUAUAUUUUGAUUAGUCUUACUUGGGUUGAACUGUGAAUGUAUAUGGUUGUUUCAUUCAAAUUAUAGCAAAAUAUUUCAAAGAUCUGGUAAAGGAAGUUGGAGUGGUAAAACAUAUGUUAAAGGAACAGUGUGCUGUGAUUUUUUAUUCUCCCCUUUAAUGUGUUGCCAAUGAUCAAUUUUACCUGCUGGAGUAUAUUAAACAGUUUAGAUAUAGCUCCUUUACCUUUAUUUUAUCAUUUAAAAUAGCUGAUUUUGUCUGUUGUAUCCCCACCUAUAAUGAAAAUGUUAAUACUUAAGUAUUAGUUAUAGAAAAUCUAUAUAAACGAGAAGGUUUAAACUAAUCACACUCCAAGUAUGGGGUGGGACUGAGAGAUACUAAAAUGUUAAUUUUUCCAUUGUUUCAUUGGUCUUACUGUCUGUACAGUUAGAGAUAAGAUAAGGUAGAUUUUGUUUAUAUAGACAGAUGAGCUCUCCAUGCACGCUCAGCCCAUUUCAUUGUGUUGUGGUUUCAAUUAGCAGCGGCAGCUAUUUCAUAUGCAAUAAAUACCUUAAGUAGCAAUUCCCUUAUAUUUUAAACUAUGCAGUCAUCAUAACUUGUCAUUAUAAACACAUUAAAGGGAAAACUAUUUUACUGUGCACUGUCCCAUUAAGUUAACAAAAAUAAGAUCUAGAAAAAGGUAGAAAGCCAAGCCACAAUAUUAGACAUUUUGCUUCAAACUUUGAAGCCAGCCAACCUACUAAGAAUAUAUGUUUGGAACUGUUGGCGGGACACACACUCACUGUAUAACUCUUUUUUUGUAAACAUUUCCAAACGGUUUUUUCAAAAUAAAUCACUGAUAUUUUGAAUUGCAGAUAGUGAACGCCAUCUUAAUAAAUAAGUUGACUAAAUUUAUUGUUUUUUGUUUCCCAAAUGAUUUAUUGUACGUUUAUUUUAAUGGAUUUAUCUUAUUUUGUUUGUAAUGUUUUCUAAUAAGUAAUAUUUUAAGUAUCUGGCACAAACGCACUUUCAUAAAUAAAAAUAUUUACAUAUUGCAGUUCUCAACACAAUUUACUCAUUUCUUAGCAAACAGUUCUGCAUAGCCAAGCCAGCUUUAACACAGUCAGGUUUGUUUUUUUCUGGGGGUCUUUAUGAUGGAAGUUAAGCAUUGCUGAAUCAAUUUUGGUAAAAUAUGUGUCAGAAAUUAAAUUAAGAAUUUCAUGAUUCAGAGAGAGCACACUAUUUUAAGCAACUUUCAAAUUCACUUCCAUUAUCUAAAUGUGCACAAUAAUUUUAUAUACACACUUUCUGAGGCACAUGUAUGCAUUUUGUGAUUGGCUGACGGCUGUCACAUGAUGCAUUAGAAAGCAAAAUGUAACUGACAUUUGUCAGCAGAAAAUAGACUACUCAUUUGAAAUUCCAACUAAAUGCUUUUGCAUUGUUUUUUAUUAUGUAUUUGAUUAUGAAGUUAUACUAUGUUUAUUGGUCCUUUACAGUAUAAAGUAUUUUGUUUGUUUAAUUGUGCUUCAAAAUCUUUUGACUGCCACAAAUACUCUGCAGUGCAAGUAGCAGGUCAUUUAUUUCAGCCUUUGUUUUGAUCUAUUUCAAUACACAAUACAUGUUUUUAAAUCUGUACUCAUCAGGGCUAUCUGGCCAGUAGAGACAGGGUUUGCAUUUAGGGCAUCAGCGACAGGCAAACUGGGAUGUUUUUUUAAUCUAGACAUAAACUAUACAAAUUUAACUAUGUUGUAAGUUACAAUAAAAAGUGGUUAACCUCAUAUAGUGUGUUUCUUCUGUGUGCGUUACUCUGCACUUUUUGUUUUCCAUUUUAUUCAAGAGACAAUGUUUAAUAUAAGCUCAUCCUUAUCUAUACAUCAUUUCAAUCCCUUUUCAAUCAACAUCUGACAUGAAAAUGUGUUCUACUACGGUAGUAGUAAUGGAGUGAAUUCUACCCGGCCUAAAGCAAAGCAAAAAUGUUGCAACUUUUUAUUGUAUUCAGGAGCAGUAAGUUUCACAUUGAUCAUAAAAGUGAGUUGACAUUGUUUAUGGUCUAAGCAUUGGUACUGAAUUCCAGUCCUGCACCCCUGAAAGACUAGAACUUGAGGAUAUCCCUCUUGAUUCAAAUCAUAACUCAUAGACUUAGAUAAGUCUGCAAUUGUAACAACUUCCAGUGUUCAAUCUUGUUAAUAUACAUGCCCUGUUUAUUGUUGUUUUUUUUAUGGGGGGGGGGGUUACAUAACAUUUUUUGCCUUCUGAAAAUAUCUUGAACUAAAAUAGUUUCUGUGUUCAUGUGAGCCUUUUGCCAUAAUAUAAACUUACUGGAGGUCUUCAAGUUUCCUGCCCUAAUCCUGCCUUGUUUCAAUUUGCUGCUACAUAUUUUAGUAGUCUACAUGAGCAGUGCAACUAUUAAUCUUUGAAGGUAGUUUUAACAGUCAGAGAUAUUUUCAUUACGGUUUAAAAAAAAGAAAGAGAACCGGGGAAACGACGUGGGCAGUCAUCCUUUUCACCCUUGGACAGCAGUUCCACUCGGUGCUGCCACUGGAAACCUUGCUUUAUUUCUAUUUCCACUUCACUUGUUAGUUAUUCGAUUUUAUUCUCGGCUGGCCAGUGAUAUUGCCCUAAGCCACCAGUCUUUAGUCCAGUUCUUUUACCCUGGGGGUUAGGACCCCCUAGUGGGUCCCUGAAAAAUGUUUGUGGGUCCUGACAAGAUUUGAUCAUAUACUUUGUGUUUGUGUGUAUGUAUGAGCAUGUGUGUGUUUAUGUUCUGCUUAUCGUCCUUGAAAUUUCAAACUAUAUUAUGUCUUACCUCCAAUUGCUUAGCUUCCUCAAAUGAUUCAAGAGAUGAGCAGAAUAGAAUACUCUUCAGGCUUUGACCCAGCUAUAUCGAACCUGGUGUUGAAAUCUAGUUCUUGUGAGGUAGAAUGACUGGAUACCUUCACAGAUCCUCCGCCUUCUUUCUUGGGUUUUAUAACCAAGACUUGAAAGUGCUGCCACUAAGUUCUUGUGUGUGUGUGUAUAUGUAUGUAUGUAUGUAUAUAUACAGUAUGUAUGUGUAUAUAUAUAUAUAUAUAUAUACUGUGUAUAUAUAUAUUAUAUAAGUAAAACUAGCAUAUCAUGGACUAGUAAUUGUAAAGCUUCUUUUGAGCAGUUGUGCAAGUCUGUCAUCUCUUCUUCCUUGAACUAAAUUAGGUGUGGGUUCCUUUAAAUCGGCAAUCAGAAGUCUUGUAGACAGUGCUUCCUCAGACUUGGCAAAAGGAAUUUUCACCCACGCCUUUCUAUAGGUUGCUAAUUAAAGGGUCAUAAAACCUAACAUUUUUCUUUCAUGAUUCAGAUAGGAACAACUUUCCAAUUUAUUUCUAUUCUCAAAUUGUACUACUUUUCUUGUUAUCCUUUGUUAAAAAGCAGAAAGGUAAGCUCAGGAGUGUGCACGUUUAUGAAGCACUAUAUGGCAGCGGUUUUGCAACAAUGCUACAUUAGCAAGAGCACUAGAUGGCAGCACUAUUUCCUGUCAUGUAGUGCUCCAGACGUGUGCACACUACCUAUCUAGAUAUAUCUUCAACAAAGAAUAGCACGAGAUAAUAGAAGUAAAUUGGAAACUAUUUUAAAAUUGUAUUCUUUGUCUGAAUUAUGAAAGAAAAAUGUUGGAUUUCAUGUCUCUAAUGUUGUAUAUCAUAAGAAAAUACAAAUAUUUAUAGUUGAUGUUGAAUUUCUGUAUAUUCAAAUUCAUACAAUGAAUUCUUUGUAUUAUAUCCGAUUUGUUGUCUGAGUCAAUAUUAAGGGCAGUCCUUUUCUCUCCAAACUAGUCCUUGCCUCUCUAUGCAUUAAAGGGACAUGAAACCCCAAGUUUUUCUUUCAUGAAUCAGAUAGAGAAUACAAUUCUAAACAACUUUCCAAUUUACUUCUAUUAUUUAAUUUGCUUCCUUUUUUGUUAUCCUUUGCUGAAAUCUGCAAUCUCCCGAGUAGCAAAGAACCUAGGUUCUAGCUGCUGAUUGGUGGCUGCAGAUAUAUAACGAUUGUCAUUGGCUCACCCAUAUUAGAUAAUAUAAGUCAAUUAGAAAGUUGUUUAAAAAUGUAUUCUCUGUCUGAAUCAUGAAAGAAAAAUGUUGGGUUUCAUGACCCUUUAAAAUUUUCAGGUAGGGUAGGGCCAUAAAAGGCAUAUUCUUUAAAAAAAAAUCCCAAAGCCAAGAAAAAUAUAUAAAACAUUUGAUUGUAUUAAUUUAAUCUUUAUUAAAAAUGAGUAUAAACAUCCAUUGUUGCACGUUACAUUUUUGGCAAUGUGCUCAUUUACAUGUCUCUAACGUUUUGAUCUUAAUUUGUGUAGUGAUAUUAUGUAUAAACUUAUCUGUUUAAGUGUUCAAUUAUACACAUUUUAAUUGAAAUCUAACCUUUUGAACAGUUUGAAUUUUAAGCUCUAAACUUUGUUCUUAUUGUUAAGACUUAAUUCAGUGUUAUAAGUCUGGCAAAUCAAGUGUUUAAAUACUAAAUAAACAAAUAUAAAUGUGAA